CCUCGGCGACUAGAAAUCCACUAUCAAUGAAGAUUACAGUUUUGGGUUACAAGAGAUAACCAUCACCGAUCUUCCCUUCUAAACCCGCUCUCCAGACCGAGCAAUAUUGUCGAUCAACAUCCUCUUUCCCACCGCAAUAUCGCUACUGGAAAGAUAACCUCAAGAACAAUAUAGAGAUUUUCUCUUUCUAGGAGUGGAAGUUAACCAACCCAAAACUUAUGGGAAUACUGCCCCUCUCUCCAAGGCCAUGGUUUUUUCUCUUGGAGACCCAUCUCCAUAUUAGAGAUCUAUUCCCAUAACCCCCAAUGGGUUGACCCUCAAAGGAUAAGUAUUAUGUCAUCUUCACUCUUUUAUAAAGAUAUCACUUUCUUGCUUCCCAAGAAAGUCAAUUUUUUAUUUUCGAUAAUACCCUAAUCUUUAGAAGAAAAUAUGGGUAUGGUGAUUUAGGUAUCACCAAACCCAUCAAUCUCCACCUUCAUAGUAAAUUCGUCAUAGUUGCCUUGACAACCUUUAUUGAAUAGAUUUUUUGAUUUCUUCAUACUUGCCUCUAUUGUGCAAUUUUCACAAAUACUUUGCCUUCAUAUUUCUCCACCUCAAGCCAUGGAUAUUUUUUUAUUUCUUCUCACUUGUCUCCAUUGUGAAAUUUUCACAAACACUUUGCCUUCAUAUUUCUCCACCUCAAACUAUGUAUCCAUAAAACUUCGUCAUUCCUCUUUUUCUUAAUAUAAACCUUAGCCCCGUACACACCUAGUGCUCUGAUACCAAUUGUAGGGUUCUCGUGAACCCCUAACUUGCGGAACUGAGAAUCCCAAAUACCGGGAUCCCACCUAAGAUCGUGUACUCAAUUGGCCAAAUGCGAAAUAGAUGAAUACAACUAUAAAUCGAGUGCAAGAAAUAAAACAAACAUAAAAAGCACGCCACAACAACACACGAUUUACGUGGUUCACCCUGUAGGACUACAUCUACGGCCUCGACAACUAGAAAUCCACUAUCACAAUGAAGAUUACAGCUUUGGGUUAAGAUAAUACCUAUCUCUAAACAUCAGUAAAAGACUAACACCAAUCAUCCUUUCUAAACCCGUUCUUCAGACCGAGCAAUACCGUCGAUCAACAUCCUCUUUUCCGCCGUAAUACCGCUACUGGAAAGAUAACUUCGAGAGCAACAUAGAGAUUUUCUCUCUCUAGAAGUGGAAGUUAACUAACCCAAAACUCAUGAGAAUACCGCCCAUCUCUCAGAGGGCAUAUCUCUCUCUCUUGGAGACCCAUCUCCAUAUUGGAGAUCCAUUCCCAUAAUCCCCAAAGGGUUGACCCUUAAAGGAUAUGUCUUAUGCCCUCUUUCACUCUUUUAUAAAGAUAUCACUUUCUUGCUUCCCAAGAAAGUCAAUUUUUUAUUUCCCAUAAUACCCUAAUCUUUAGAAGAAAAUAUGGGUAUGGUGAUUUAGCUAUCACCAAACCUAACAAGUCAUGUGUAAUUGUGAAUUAUUAUGUUUAGAUCUCACAAAGUCCUCUUACAACCUUGCUAAAUCGUUUCCCAAGCAAAUGUGAGUGUUUUGUUUAUAUCUCAGUGUCAAAGCUCUACUAAAGUCGGUACAUCGGUACACAUGCACCAUUGAGUUCUUUCAGGUCUAACUGCUGUAUUUUUUAAUCAUUAACCUGUCAGGGAGCACUUUAGAAAUCUCAUAUGUUUUCAUUUAGAGGCUCCAUGAAUUGUACAUAAGCUCAUUCAAAGUAUGCUAAAUUUUUUGUGGAGCCCCCUUUAAGUUCUCUCAUCUCUAAAUCAUGUAUAUAUUACCAUAGAAUUGCUGCAGAGCAUUAUAAAAGUCAUCUUUUAUUCCACAGAUUAGAUGUCACAUUGGCCCUAUGACUCAAAAAUCUGCUAAAAUUUUUGCUGAUGCUCCAAUAAAUUAUUUCAUCCACAGAUUAUAUAUAAUGGUGGGGAGAAUGCAACAUGGAAAUCAUUUUUCUUUUUGCUUGGAGCAGCACCAUUCGAUCACACAUAAAGGCCCUUCUAAUCUCACAUAGUCCUGUCAAGACAUAACUCUGCUGGCCCAGACUGAAUUCUCACGGCCCUUAAUUGUGUAAAUUUCACUAUAGAAAUGGAGGAGAGCAAUGACAAAAACCCAGAUGAGAAUCAAAUCCCAGAGGUCGAUCCUUUGGUCAAGAAAUUGCAAGACACGCUCUCCCUAGGGAAGCGGCACCGCUUUUGGGAGACCCAACCAGUCGGCCAAUUUAAAGAUCUCGGCAACCCCACGCUCCUUGAAGGCUCUAUUGAAGCCCCGACCCCAUUAGAAGAGUUACGCCAAGAUCCCUACAACUUGCCUUCCCAAUACGAAUGGACCACCUGCGACAUAAACUCUGAAGAGACGUGCACUGAAAUCUACAACCUCCUCACUAACAACUAUGUUGAGGAUGAUGAAAACAUGUUCCGAUUCAACUAUUCCAAGGAGUUUUUGCUUUGGGCCCUCCACCCCCCUGGUUAUUUCCCAAGCUGGCAUAUUGGUGUUCGUGUCAAGGGGUCUGGCAAGCUCGUGGCUUUCAUUGCUGGCAUCCCUGCUAGGAUUCGUGUUCUAGACCAGAUUGUUCAGAUGGCUGAGAUCAAUUUCCUGUGCGUUCAUAAGAAGCUAAGGUCUAAGAGGCUUGCUCCUGUCAUGAUCAAGGAAGUUACAAGGAGGGUUCACUUGGAGAAUAUAUGGCAGGCUGCUUAUACUGCUGGAGUGGUGCUUCCUACGCCAGUUUGUAGCUGCCAGUAUUGGCACCGGUCUCUAAACCCUAAAAAGUUAAUAGAAGUUGGGUUUUCGAGACUUGGGGCAAGGAUGACGAUGAGCCGAACCAUAAAGCUAUAUAAGCUCCCAGAGAGCACCGUGACCUUAGGUUUUAGGGCCAUGGAAUUGAGGGAUAUCCCAACUGUUACCCUGCUCCUUCGUACCUACUUGGCUCAGUUUGAUGUGGCACCAGAUUUUGAUGAAAAUGAUGUUGAGCAUUGGCUGCUUCCAAAGGAGAAUGUGGUUCAUAGCUAUUUGGUUGAGAACCCUGAGACACUUGAGAUCACUGACUUUUGCAGCUUCUACAUUCUCCCUUCUUCAAUACUUGGCAGCCAAAAUUACUCGACAUUGAAAGCUGCUUACUCGUACUACAAUGUGGUUACUCAGAUUCCUUUGCUCCAGCUGAUGAAUGAUGCUCUCAUUGUGGCGAAACAGAAGGACUAUGAUGUGUUCAAUGCGUUAGAUGUCAUGCAUAAUGAAUCUUUCUUGAAGGAGCUGAAAUUCGGGCCUGGUGAUGGUCAGCUUCAUUAUUAUCUGUACAACUACCGGAUACGACAGGCUUUGAGGCCAUCUGAGCUAGGGCUCGUGCUUUUGUAGUUAGUUGUACCAGGCAAAGAAUUUAUACUUAUCUUCAUUGAGAGGACCAAGAAAAAUGCGUUGUUUGAUGUCUUAUUUGUGGAUGAUGGUUUGUUUGCUUGACUCACAAUGGUUGUCUGGCAGUUUGAUCUUAUCUUGUGUGAAGGACUUUUAUAUGUGAUCAAAUUCUCUGUAGUCUUUCUUGGGACGGUUGUUGGAUAUUUCUUACACCUGAUUGUGUAUAGUUCUUCUUUAUGAGCAUGCAAAAUUGGAAUGUUUUUCUUUGA